AUGCUAGUGCAAACAAGCUUUAGCCCGACCAAUUUGGACUCAGGACCUUUCAGUACCGGUGCCGCCAGUUGGAGUUAUGGUACUUAUACUGAGAACUACAUCGGUGGCUUCAACGGGGGUCACCACAAUGGGGAUUAUAGUCACAGCAACAAGCACGCUGAAAGUUCUUGCUACCCUCGCCGUGGCAACCGCGAUGGCAAUCGAAUCUUCUUCUACCAUAAACACCAGCCGUAUUUCGAGUUCACGAACUUUUCUCGCCAUACUGUUUCGUAUGAGGGGAAGAUAUACCCUACAAGUGAACAUCUUUUUCAGGCUUUCAAGUUCAUCGACCAUAAUCCCCACCUCGCGGAACACAUCCGCACUUGCUCGGAUCUUCCCCGUGUAGCUCUCAUUGAAGCCCAUCGUCUCCACGAGAAGCAGAGAUCGGACUGGAGAGAGGUCAAUGUCGAAAAGAUGGAACUCACGCUCUACCUCAAAUUUACCCAACACAGACAACUUAGAGAAAAGUUGGUGUCCACGGGAAAUGCGGAACUCGUUGAGAACUCGGACACAGACAGUUUUUGGGGCAUCGGCCCAGACGGACGUGGACGAAACGAACUCGGGAAGGCUUUGGAGAGGUUACGAGCGUAUUUGCGUGGUGGUGCUUGA